AUGUUUACAAUAAAAUCAAAUUUUCGAUUCUUCAUUUCAAAGAAUUUUAUUCGAACAACUCUUUUAUUUGUUAAUCGUUUAAGAAGAUAUAGCUAUUAUUUUAAUUCUUCACAAACAACUAAAAAAAUUUUGUUUGCUUCGUUUGCAGGAUUUUCAUUUCAAUUAAAUGAGAAUGAAGAAACUGAACAACAACAAAAUUUAAAUCCAACUAUCAACCAAUUUAAUCAUCCAGAACAAAGUGAAGGUUGGGAAUGUAUGUAUACUGAUUUAACGAUAAAAGUAUUUCGAAAAAGGCGUGAAAGAACUGAUGGAAGUCAAUAUUUUGAAUAUCAAUGUAUUGGCUCUUAUAAAGAUAUUUCUGUUAAUGAUUUUAUUCAAGCACAGUAUGAUAUUAAUUAUCGUCGUGAAUGGGAUGGAAAUAUUAAUCGACUUGAAGUUUUGGAAGAAGAUUAUUCUACUGGGUUUAAAAUAAUUAGAUGGGAGACGAGAUAUCCAUAUCCACUAUAUCCACGUUUAUAUAUUUAUUUACAACAAAAAUUUAUCGACGAAAAUGCUCGGACUGUUUUGGUAACAAAUAAAGCAAUUGAUGAAAAAGUCUAUUCUUUUGAUGAUUCUUCUUGUGUUAGAGUGACUGAUUAUAAUUCUAAAUUAUUUGUUAGAGCACAUGGAGAAUUGGAUGAAAAUGGAUUAGAUUUUAUUUUAAUUUAUCAUGAUGAUCCAAAAGCGCCAAUUCCUAAAAAAAUAUAUGAUUUUGGUGUUAAUGUUAUUGGUCCAUCAUUUUUAAUUUCUGUUCAUUCAGCAGCAUUAAAAUUAGCAAAAGAAAGAAUAAAUAAUAAUAAUAUAAUUAGAAAAACAGCACAAAGACAAAGAAUAUUAAGUGGAAUUGAAAAUAAAAAUAAUAAUGAAGAUAUACAAAAUAAUGGAAAAUUUAAAGAAAACAAACAGCAACAACAACAAACUGCUUAA